AUGCUAUACAACGCCCUCAUCCGCACCCACCACAUUACCUCCCGCAAGAAGGUUGCUGCGCUGAAACAAGCUGCAUCCGCUCACGAUUGCUUUGCACUCCUUCGCUCUGGUGGCAUUCCUGGAAUCAUGUAUGUUGAAUCAAACGAGAAAAAUGCUGUUGAGGCAUGGGUGAGCGUGGUACGCAAUCUGAGAUAUAAGGAUUUCCAGCUUGUGGCUAGGCCUGGACUUCUAGAGAAAGAUCUUCAGAAUCGGAAUGAGAACGGGAAACAGCAGGGCGCUAAGAAAAGUAAUGGACAACAAGAGCAAGGUGGGAGGGAUUCUGUCGCUGGUCUAGAAGAGGUCGAGACAGUCAAGGAGUUCGGAAGUAUAAUGGAAGAUCGCGGUGUUUGGAGAUGGUGGAGGAAGGGGAUGGGAUAUGUGAAUUGA